AUAGACAAACAGAAACAGCCAACAAGUUACGGAAUGGAAGUAAAUAAACGAACAGACUACUACUACUAACUACUACUUACCUGGCUGUGAUACUUAAAUAUUACUUUUGUGUCAAUUAAUUGCACUUCAUGUUUUAUUGUUUAAUUAUUAUAUUGUAUGUGUUGGCUAUUGUGUGAUCUCAGCAAUGGCCAAAAUGAGAAUGACAGGAGCAACCAGCCGACUGAAGCAAGACUAUCUCAGACUUAAGAAUGACCCUGUUCCAUAUGUUACUGCAGAACCUGUACCUUCUAAUAUACUAGAAUGGCAUUACGUCGUCAAAGGCCCAGAGAAAAGUCCUUACGAGGGCGGAUAUUACCAUGGCAAAAUGGUAUUUCCUAGGGAAUUCCCAUUUAAACCACCCUCUAUUUAUAUGAUUACACCAAACGGGAGGUUUAGAACCAACACAAGAUUGUGCCUUAGUAUUACCGAUUUUCAUCCAGAUACUUGGAACCCAACAUGGUCUAUAUCCACUAUACUCACUGGUUUAUUAAGUUUCAUGCUUGAAAAAACAUCUACAACAGGGUCCAUUGAAACUUCAGAUUAUCAGAAACGUUGUUUAGCUAUAGAAUCAUUGGAAGUGAAUUUAAAGAAUAAAAUGUUCUGUGAAUUGUUCCCUGAAUAUGUGGAGGAGAUUGAGCAUCUAUUGAAACAGCGUCAAGAAGCAGCUAUGUUACAUUCAGAUACCAAUAAUGUUAGCAGUGAAGUGACAACGGAGCAGCAAUCUAAUGUUUAUUAUAUUAUGACUAAUUUGUCUGUGCUUGUUGCAUUUGUUAUUCUUGCGUAUAUGGUUAAACAUGUAUUAGUUACCAUAUCUAAUGACUAGAAACAUUAGUUUUAUUUGAUGUAAAUAACAUAUAUGGGUUUGUAAAUAUUUCUUCUCACUUGAUUAAUAAGAUAUAAUUAUCUAGGUUAAUAGCAAAGUUUAGUAAAGUGUAAUAUAUUUUCAUAAAUUCAUAUUUUAUAUGGCAAGAUAUAUUUUUCACUUAAAGUAGUAUAUCACUACAUAGUAUAAAACAAAGUUGCUUUCUGUCCCUAUGUAUGCUUAUAUCUUUAAAACUAUGCAACGGCUUUUGAUGCCUUUUUUUUUCAUAGAUAGGGUGAUUCAAAAGGAAGGUUUUUAUGUAUAAUACAAGAUCACACUGGUGAAACAGCUGGCGGAAAGCUAGUCAGUACUUAAAUCAGUGUUUCCUUAUCUUUGAUGGUCAACAAACCCUUAGGAAAUCAAGCAGUUUUAAAGAACCCCCAUGGUAAGAAAAUUAAAUAAAAUGGUCAUAUUUUUCUUGAUUUUGUCUUUUCCAUAAAAUGCACUAUAAUUAUCACCAUUGAUGCACUAAUAAUAUUGACUUUAGGUAGAUAUACAAAGGCAACUGCAGUUAAUUAAGAUGCCAAAGUUACAAAAAAAAGUUUCAAGAUUACAUUCUAGCUCUGCAAAGUUUGUGAUGUUUUACAGUUUAAUAAAAAUUUUAUGUUGAUGUAUGCCUAGGAGAAAUAGUAAGAAAACGAAAUUAAUAUAUUAUGAAUUUUAUUCGCAAUAAUUAAAAGAAAUUAACAAUGGUUUAAUAGUCAUUAAUAUAAAUUAACCACAUCAUAAAUAUUGAUAUUAAGUUCAAUAUCACAAUUACUUCAGUCAAAGUCGCUCAUAAUAUAUGACAUUAUAUCAACUAGUUUAAACUAGGAAGACAAAGUAUUAUAUAACUAGUAUGUUCUGCUAUGCCUUAUUACCAUUUUUAUAAGUAGCAUUGAGAAAUAGGCUAUAAUCGAUGGAAUAUGUAUCCUUGUGUUACCAGACAUCCCCUAUUUCAGGUCUAAAUUCAAAUAUCUCACUGGGACCGAUUCUGUCCUGUAUAUCAAUUCCAUUUCACAAAUGGUUUAAAAGAUCACUAAUGUAUGAAACAAAAGUCCGCAACUUACAACAAAAACAGCAACAGAUUUUUUUAAAUAAGUCAAAUCCAACUAAAAUAUCUGUUUUCAUUUG